UUUGUAAAUAAAAAGAUUAAAAAAUGAUUAAAAAGAAACAGAGAAAAAUGGAAAAUGAUAAGGGUGGUGGGUGGCAGUGUAACAAUAGCUAAGACGAGUUGAGUGAGCUUCUCACUCUCCGGCACCGUCACUCUCUCAAUACCACGACGUUUCAACUUUGUAAUCUCCAUUUCUGCAAAACCCAUAUUUUACUUUUCUCUUAAACGACACCGCUAUGUCUUCAAUUCAAGCCAAUCUUGUGCCCAACUUUUCCUUCAACCAUUUCCAGACAUCAUCAUACCUAGUGGGAGUUGGCAAUUUACAAUGUAGAGUUGGUUUCAGAAAAUCAAGAAGGAAGUUACCUUCCUAUAGUUGCAUUAGGUGUGAAAAGAAAGAUGAAGUAAACAAAGUAAACAAAGAUGAAAAAAAGAAAGAUGAAGAAAAGAAGAACGUUAUUGAUUAUGUGACAGUUGAACGUCCACCUUACUAUAGUUACAUGGAUUCCAGUUCUGGUCGGCUUGAGCCUGCCUCUGGUGCUAGGUCAACUAUUCCUGAUGCUCAGUAUUGGCCUGAAGGAACUGCUGAGCAAGUUAGGGCUGCUAGGGCACCUGCUCCGAUGGGCGAAUCGUUAGGAUCUCCGUCGUAUGGUAGUAACCCUGGUAGUAGGAGGAAGAGUUAUAAAACAUCGGCUUCUGGUUCUUCCUCUGAGGUCAAUGUUGAAGGCAAUGUUGAGGACAAUGGUGAAUUGAUUGACGCUGGUUUUCCGGAGGUUGUGGUUGAACCUCAAGAUUCUGAGGAGGUCUCCUCUGACUAUGUUGUUUAUCAGUCUGAGCCUGAAGAAGAAGAGUCUGGGUACAAACUCGAUAAGAAAUUUGGACUUCCUCACCCGUUUAUUGAUCCAGAUGUUAAAAAGCCGAUAGAGGGGACACUUACGAGUGAUGAACUGUGGUGGAAUUGGAGAAAGCCAGAGAAUGAUCAUUGGUCCAGAUGGCAGAGGAGGAGACCUGACACUGAAACGGUUUUCCUGAAAGCCAUGGCAGAAACUGGGCAAGUAAAGAUUUAUGGUGAAGAACCAACAUUAACAGAAACUGCUCUUUACCGAGCUCGGCGCCAUAUUUAUAAGGAAGAAAGGCUUGAGGCUGAACAAGAGAACCUGGAAAGGAUCGGUCCAAUUGCAUACUAUUCAGAAUGGGUAAAGGCAUGGAAGAAAGACACGUCUCGGGAAGCUAUUCAGAAGCAUUUCGAAGAGACUGGUGAAGAUGAAACAACUCAACUAAUUGAAAUGUUUUCCCACCAAACUGACCGAGAGUAUCGCGUAAUGAUGGGAACUGAUGCUCGCAUUCGGAGGGAUCCUUUAGCAAUGCGAAUGAGGGAGGAUCAGAUAAAGCAAAUAUGGGGUGGAGAUCCAGUUUACCCAACUGUGAACUAUAUUCAAGAUCCAGAUGAAGUGAUUGACUACAGGGGGGCAGAUUUUCAUGAACCAACGCCAAAUAUGGAGUCUUUUCUGAAAGAGCAUGGAAAAAUGAUUUCAAGGGAGGAGAUGGAUGUGCUUCUGGAAAAACAAAGGACUGAACAAAUUGAGGUUGCAGACAUUGAUGAAGCUAUGGCUAAAGCAGUCGAUAUUGGUGAAAAUGAAGAUGAAGAGGAUAGUGAUACUGAUGCUGAAGUUGUAGUGGGAGAGGAAGAGGUAGAGGCAAAGGCAAAGGCAGAGGGAGAUGAAGAGGAAGAGGAAGAUGAAUCAAAGAUGAGUCGUAAUUGGAGUGUUUUGAAAAGUACUCCCCAGCUUCGCAAAUCAAAGCCAAAACCAAAGAAAGAGGGUCCUAUGACACUGGAUGAGGCUGUAGGUGAUUCUGCAAACCUUACUGAUUUUCUCUUGGAUUUUGAAGAAGAAGAAGAAUGAAACACCUUCUUGUGAAGCGCGCUCCAAACGGUAUACUGCAGUGGUAGACAUUCUUGGUAUGUUGUAGACAUGAUGUGAAAAGGUUAGAAUGUAAGUAUUCAUAGUCAAUUUCUUGAACUAUUAGUAACUACUUUUAAGGACUUUGAGCUAGAAUUAAGUUUCCACUUUAGUUAUUCUACUGAAACAACCCCCUAUGUACUUGUUGACAGCAAUUUUGAUACCUCUCAGCCUUCAUUUGGAACUUAGAAGAUCAAUUAACUAGGUGAAUAAUAGUUCCAACUUCCAAUAUACUAAAUGUGUUGGUCGAUAUUGUAAUAUUGUAAUUUUGCUGCAAACUAGAAUCUAAUAUAUUAAACAAGGAAUUGAAUCUUCUCCUA